CUUUCUUCUACUCAUUCACCAAUAUGAAUCGAGACAUGGACAAGCAGGACAUGCAACCCAUGCCUUCUCAUCACGAUGUAAACAAGAUCCUUGAAACCUAUUUUUUAAAAAAGGGAUACAGUCAAUCUGAACUCGCGUAUAUCCAAGAAUCAGCAGACCACAACAUUGUCUCGCUAGAACAAUUGACCAAGAAAUUCACCACUUCACCAACUUUACCUAACCAUGUACAGUUUAUUAAGCGAGAGGCUGAACAAGGAGGUGGCGAUCUGGAUGCGACCAUGCACAGUUAUCAAAGUCUGAGAGAGUGGAUAUUCAAUGCCCUGGAUUUAUACAAACACGAGCUACAAUCAGUUCUAUACCCCAUGUUUGUUCACGUCUUUCUCGACCUCAUGUCCAAAGGGCUUGUAGAUCAAGGUUUGGACCUGUUCGAUAAAUACAAGCACGAUCAUAUUCAACACCAUACCACCGAUAUCGAAUCCCUCGCUCAAAUCCAAUGCACAGACGACAUGAAAGAAAAUGCCAUCGCCACGCUUUAUCUUAACAACAAAUACAAUAUUCGCAUGUCUUCCAUCCCAUUCGAACUGUUUAUCUCGUACUUGCAGGACAAGAAAUUCUUGAAUUUGAUACGCAUUGUCAAUCAGCAUCUGAACAUUCAUCUCGUCACUGGAAAAUUAUCGCCUGUCACUUCGGAAAACGAAGGUAUUGCCGGUCAUAUCAAUGAUCAAAUCGAAGAGUUUCACGAAAUCAAUCAUGUCAACAAUAAUGCCGAUACGAAUAAAGUAAAACAAGAGGUUUUGGUCGAUACGAUGAAUAUGGAAGAAAUUGCCGCCAUUUCCUAUCGUGGCACAGAUAUCCAAGCGGAAUUAGAGUCACUCAGUGACUUAAGAAAGCGCGUCUCAUUAGGCAGUGCUGCAUUACCCAGUGUCUGCAUUUACACUUUUCACAACACGCAUGAUUUGCUAAAUUGUUUGACCAUUUCUCAAGACACGACACUGGUAGCCGGCGGUUUUUCCGAAUCGUAUAUUAAAGUAUGGAGUUUAAAAGGAAAUAAAUUAACAUCUGCAGCAGAAAAAGCCCAAGGUCUUCCAGGCACACAGUAUAAAAAAAUGAUUGGCCAUGCUGGGCCUGUAUACGGAGUGAGCUUUAGUCAUGAUAAUCAAUACUUGAUAUCAUGCUCUGAAGAUCAAACAGUUCGGUUAUGGAGUCUAGAUACAUUUACAAAUUUAGUUUGUUAUAAGAGUCAUAAUUAUCCAAUUUGGGAUGUGGAUUUCGGACCCUAUGGAUUUUAUUUUGCUACUGCAUCGCACGAUAAAACCGCUAGAUUAUGGAGUUGCGAUCACGUAAAUCCAUUACGCAUCUUUGCAGGUCAUCUUUCCGAUGUUAACGCUGUUAGAUUUCAUCCCAAUUCAAAAUAUGUGGUGACGGCAUCCAGUGAUCGCACUGCUAGAUUAUGGGACGUGCAACGAGGUACUUGCGUUAGAGUGUUUACAGGUCAUACAGGGUCGGUACAUACUGUCGCCGUCUCACCGAAUGGCCGACUGAUGGCGUCAGCAGGAGAGGAUAAAACAAUCAUUGUGUGGGAUCUAGGCACAGGAAAAAGAUUAAAGACCAUGACGGGUCAUACAGGCUUCAUUUACUCGGUUAGUUUUAACUUAGAAAGUACCGUCCUGGUAUCUGGAAGUGCGGAUGGAACUGUGCGUGUAUGGGACGUGAUUAAAGAUACACCGCUGGAUGUACAAGAAACAUUAGACUCGAAACGGUCUAAACAGCACGGUAAACAAAAGGAUAAAAAAGACAACGAAAAGAUGAAGCCAAGCAUGGAUUACAAGCGAAAAAAGGGUACAUUGGAAAGCAACGAUCAUUUAUCUGUUUUUCCUACAAAAAAUACUCCCAUUUACACUGUACAAUUUACUCAACGUAACUUAUGUCUUGCUGCAGGUGCUUCGUGUCCACCUUCACUCGAUUAAUAAUACCUCUUCAUCUUUUUUUUUUUAAAGCCAUGCAUGUAUAUUCAAAGAAUAAAAAAAAAAAGUUUAUUUACAAUUAUAAUU